AUGUCUACCUACGGCACCCGCGACCGUAUUUUGCGUCUGCGCAUCGCCCACUACAAGACCGAGGACAAGACGGAAGCUGAAGCCCACAAGUUCGGCACUCUCUUUGCCGAAAAGGCUGCCCAUUUGCACGAAAAGCAUGGCAUUUGGGGAUACGCUCAAGUCUACACCCCCGAGAAGACCCGCAAGGUCGUCGAAGCCAUGAAUCAGAAGGCGAACCGGGGCUGGGUAAUAGACGAUCAUGACUUUGCCGUCGAAUUCUACUUCAAGACGCUCGAGGACCUCUCCAAGGUCAGCCGGGACCCGGAAUUCCACGCUCUGCAGGCGGAGGAGGUGCCCUACAUUUCCAAGCACCAUGUGGUCACCAGUCUCGGUUGGGUCGAAACGUUUGUCGAGCACGGCAAGGUGGUGCACAUUGAGAACGGCAAGUCGACCUACGGAACGUUCGAGGAGAUGCAGGAGAUUACCAUGGAUCCCAACUACCGCAAGCCCGCGGACGGCACCAACAACUCGCAGUAG